GGUGGGUCAUACCGAGCGGCAGACACCCUUGUAGCGACUUUGAACCGGCGCGAGUGUGAGCUUGUCCUCCAUAGAAAAGGGAGGAAAGACGCCUAGUUUAGCCUAGCCAGCGGUUAAACAGGAUAUUGACGUUAAGGUCAUUUUAAAGAUAUGAUAUUGUGGGGGAUCACAUUUUUAUAAAGGUUUACAGCGUAAGGAGGCGUGCUACCGCGCGUGUAGAGGUCCACUUGACGUUUUUUUGUGGUAUUAUUUUCAUCAAUAUUAAUUAUCUCGCUGCAGAAAUGGCUCUAGUGGGACUGAGAGCUUCGUACCACCGGAUCCUGGACAAAAUCGAGCACAGUUUGCCGGCUAAACUAAGACCUUUUUAUAACCAUCCGGCAGGUCCAAAAACAGUUUUCUUCUGGGCCCCAAUGUUCAAAUGGGGCUUGGUCUUAGCUGGCCUGGCUGACUUGACGCGACCUGCUGAGAAGCUUAGCACUUCCCAGUCUGCGGUGCUCACUGCUACAGGUCUGAUUUGGUCUAGGUACUCCCUGGUGAUCAUCCCAAAGAACUGGAACCUUUUUGCUGUAAAUUUCUUUGUGGGUGCUGCAGGCAGUUCCCAGCUCUACAGGAUCUGGAGGUAUAAUCAGGAGCUGAAGAAGAAAGAGAGAGAGAAGGUGGCACAGUCCUGAGCUGCUAGUCCUAUAGGUUAAAAAGGAACCCACUUACCACUAGGUGUCAUAUCCACACAUCCAACACCCAUCCAGGAGAAAGAUUUUUUUUUUUUUUUCUUCAGAUUUAUGUUUUAGAGAUCAUGUUACUUUGUCAGGGUCGAAGAGAUUUCUGCAGUUCAUAUCAUACUGAAUUUAUAAUUCAGUAAUGCACACUGAAGUCACCAACGCACAAGUUCUGGGGAUAUACAUGUUUAUUUUUCGUAAAACAUACUGCUAAAUUUAUGGUCACUGUCCAGUUGAAACAUUUGCCAAGUUGUCAUAGGGUGACAUGUUGUUUUCUUGAUUUAGUUUAGUUAAAUUCUGGUUUUGGCUUGAAUACUGUACUAUGUGACGUCUCCCAAUAAAUUAUAGAAAAAUUCAGUAUAACAAUUACUCUUUAAAUAUCAUUUAGUUCAUUUGUACAUGAAACUAAACCGUUCACAAAUUAGUUAACAAAUCCAAACUUAAACAGCCUUUGGCAACUCUUGCUAGGGACGAAUGUUUUUUUUUUUUUAAAGUGUUUUUUUUUCCAUUUUUUUCCCAUUGCAUUUUCUGCACUUGUCUUUUCUACAAUUUCUGCAGCGGUCCAAACGUAAUUUGUGUGUAGCUGCCGAGUAAAUAUAUAUGGCCGUAACACUCGUGAGUGGGGGAGCCCCUUAAUUCAGCUUUCUUCCACAGUGUUUACAGCUCCUGUCUGGGUUUAUCUAGCAUCAACGAUCACGGACAAGAUGACAAAAUGUUGCAAAUAUACAUGACACGGUCGACAAUCUACUGAAUAGGUGUUUGUGGAGACAACUUUUUUUUCUUCUCAGUCAUUUUAAAUUCUGCAAAUUUAUUUUUAUUGCAGCUUAUAUUUGAAGUAACUAAUUUCAAAGGCACCAGUUUCUAAGCGUGAAUGCUAGAAUGCAUUUAGACAGCUUCAGAUUUAAGAAAAAAAAAAAUUGUGUGGGUUAAUAUUGGGGUUUAUACAAAUAUAAAACCAAUAGUUUUAAGUGACAUAUUUCAUUAGACCUUUAAAAUGUUUGGGAGUAAUCGGAUGUUUUUAAGUCAUAUUCUAUAUUGUAACAAUGUGGAGUGGGGGGGUUAUUCCUGUGGUAAGAAAUACAACCACCAGGUGGCAGGAUAGUCCCAUCAAAUAGGGUCAGAAUGAACAUUGACCACCCUUAGAAAGUUAAGGCAUCAGUGGAUUUUUAUAUUAGUGUGAACAGUAAUUUUACUGAGGUAGAUGAGCUUAAUUUCCAGAUAAUUUAUCUAAUGGUUUUUGCAGAGCCUAUUGAUGAAAACACGAAACCUUGUUAUCCACUACAUAUGUAAUGAAGUAUGUAAAUUUGGGAUGUUGUCAAAGAAAAAAAAAAUCUCAAAGGGGGAGAAAAAAAAAUUGUGAAAGGUUUGACCAGAAUGCAGGAGUAUUUUGUUCCUCAUCCACUGAAUGCCUUUAAGAAUGAUCUGGUAUCUCACACCUUGUUCAGAACUUGUAUAACCACUUUCCAUGAAGAACUGAAGGUGUUCUGGAGGCAGUGGGUAGCCCUGAUCUUCAUUAAGUUUCAGACAUUCAUUCAUCCAUCCAUAAUUUUUUGUCCACGAUUUUGUUUACUAAACAAAUCCAUACUGCAACAUGACUGUUGUUUAUGUGGAGCAAUAUAUGAACUCUUCCCAACAGCAGACAGACAAUAAACUGAGUGGGGAAAAAAAAAGACUCCACUUCACGUGCUAAGGUGCUCCUUGAGUCUGAGAAGAAGUGGAAUCUACCUGUUGGUUGGUGUGUUGAUAUGCUUUGGCAGUUUAAAUAGAGCAGAAGACAACAGACAGAGUUAUCAGAUACAAUUGGUAAAAAUAGUAUUGCACGUCAUUCAGUUUUUGCACUGUGUAUUUUGUGAUCAGAAGGUAACGUCCCAGUGGGGGUCUUUAGGUUAUGCUCUUAAUGGAAUUACUUCAGCUGUAUUUAAAAAAAAAAA